AUGUGGUGCACAUAUUAUCUCGGGAUAGCCCUUGCGGCCAUCCCCUUAGGCCACGCGUUAUCGCCGCGCACGGAUAUCAACGAUGCCUAUGACUUUGUUGUUGUCGGUGGUGGCCAAGCUGGUCUCGUGCUUGGUGGUCGUCUGUCCGAGGAUACCAAUCACACUGUCCUGGUCCUGGAAGCCGGUGACAAUGGCGACGACUAUCGUGAGCGUAUUGAUACGCCUGCAUACUCGUAUUUUGAUUCUCUCUGGACCACUCCGCUGAAUUGGAUGUUUUACACCAAUCCUCAGCCUAAUGCUUACAAUCGUGAAAUCUACUGGCCUCGUGGCAAGACCCUCGGAGGAAGUUCUGCCAUCAACGGACUGUACAUGACCCGUCCCGGCAAAGAAGAAAUCAAUGCCUGGCAGGAUAUGCUCGGCGACAUGGACGGCAACGAGAACUGGUCCUGGGACUCCUUCUACGCCGCCAUGAAGAAGAGUGAAACCUUCUCGCCUCCCACCGAUGACGUGGUCAAAGAGGCAGGCAUUACAUGGAAUGCCUCGACGCACGGCACUGACGGUCCAAUCCACAUGAGUUAUCCUGGCUACACUUUCCCUGAAGUCGGCUACUGGUCAACAUCGCUGGACAACAUGGGAAUUGCCAUUUCCGAGAACAUGUAUGGAGGCGACGUCUUCGGUGCUGAGGUGUCGACUUCCUGUAUCAAUCCUUCCAACUGGACUCGGUCUUACAGUCGGACUGGAUAUCUCGACCCGCUGCCUGAUCGGGGUAACUACGAUGUUCUGGCCAAGGCCCAUGUUACACGUCUUGUUUUCGACAACUCUUCCUCUUCGGACAACCUCACUGCCAGUGCUGUUGAGUACACCAUGGAUAAUGGAACAACGACAUUGUCCGUAAAGGUGAACAAGGAAGUUAUCCUAGCUAGUGGCUCUAUCGGCAGCCCUGCUGUCCUCCUUUACAGUGGCGUCGGACCCAAGGAUGUCCUUUCCGACGCUGGUGUUGACCUUGUCUCUGAACUUCCCGGUGUCGGACAGCACUUGCAAGACCAUUUGAGUGCCACCGUCACAUUCAGCACAAACGCCGACACUGCAGGCUCAAUCUACUAUGACAACGGUGCAGACAAGGACUCGACCCUCUUCAAAUCAUACAUCGACUCCGCAGUGGCCUACGUAAACGCAACAGGCAUCUACGGUAGCAAAGUCUCCGACGAAGAAACAAGCAUCCUUUCCAAUCUCAACAGCUACAAACCAAACACAACCUACUCCGACAGCGUGAUAGCAGGCUACGAAACAAUCUACAACACAACCGUCAAAACAAUCUUCAACAGCCCAAUCGGCCAGAUCGAGCUGCUGCUCAUGAACAGCGAUGCAAAUGGCGACAUUGGUAUCUCUGCUGCACUCCAACACCCCUACAGCCACGGAAGAAUUUACAUCAAUUCUUCUAAUCCGAUUGAUUACCCAGUCAUCGACCCCAACUACUUGACUAAUCCAGCCGACAUGGAGCUCCUCCUCCAAGGCCUAAAACUCGCCCGUCAACUCGGCCAAACCUCCCCGCUGGCAGAUAGUCUAACGAACGAAACCGCGCCGGGAACAGCCAUCAAAAGCGACGACGACUGGAUGGACUGGAUUCGCAAAGAAGCAAGCACAGAAUUCCACCCAUCGUCCUCGUGCGCCAUGCUGCCCCGCUCCAAGGGCGGAGUAGUCGACGCCAAGCUGCGCGUGUAUGGAUUAUCGAAUGUGCGCGUUGCAGAUGCCAGUGUGCCACCCAUCGCGCUGUCGACGCAUCUCAUGGCAUCUACAUAUGGUGUUGCUGAGCUGGCUAGUGAAUUGAUUCGGGACUUCUGGAAUGGUCGCGGUGAUGGAGAUAAGAGUGUCGAUGUGGAUGUUAGUCCGGCGUUUAGUGGGAAUGAGUCGACUACUCUCUCUGCUGUGACUGCUGCGCAGACGACGAAGAAGAAUGCCGCUGCGGCUCCUGCUGUUGGUGUUUGGGGCUGGGGUUGUUGGAUGGGUGUGGUUUUGCAGGUUUUCGCUUUGGCAGUUUUUGUCUAG